UACAUUAAUGUAAGUGUGAAAGACUGACUAACAAGCGGCAUGUGUGGAAGUAAGACUUAACUGCACAUUUUUAUUUUUCUUGUGUACAAAAUUUUAAUGUACGAAUAAUACUGUAAGCCCAGGAAUAUUUGCUAGCCUUUUAUUACACAAAUUUGACAUAUGAAACAUUUUUGGCGCGAAUAAUACUAUUGUAAAUGCUUUCAGGAUAACAGGUCGUCUUGUGUAAUUCACCAGAUAUUUUGGCCACGAUAUUUCUGGACUUACAGUAUUUAAAUUUUACCCAAUGAAGAAAAAAAUACUACUGUGUAGGGCAUGUUAAGAAUUCUUGCAUAUUUAAAAAAAAAAAAAAAAAAAAAAAUUCCUAAUUUUAGGGAAAUUAUUUUUAGAAUUUAAAGUGGUCAAACUUAGCUAAGUAUAUUGCCAUGUCGUUGUAAUGUGGGUGAACAAUAAAUAGUAAAUAUGAAAAUAUUUUAAAGUACAACUAUUAUUACUCUACAGAAUGUUCUUGGGGAUUCACAGCAGCGUUGGAGGUGUAGUACUUUGAUAAUCUUGUUCAGACAACGCCAUUUUCUCUCGCGGGAUGUGCUCCAUUUUGUGGGCAUAUUAGGAUUUCUUAAACUCUUAUGGAGAUGGAACAGGAAAGCACUGGGGAUUCUGUUUUAAACUCCCACAUUAGUUCUGUGUUGCCAAACCUCACCACCUGUGUGCUGAACUCUGUUUUGGACACACUCAAAAACCUGGGUGUAGAAACCCUGGAUGAUUUCAGAUUUGUAAAAGAUGAUGAUCUUAUGGUCCUCAAGCCAAUAGAAGUUCGAAAACUCCUAGCCAGCUUUACAGUCACAUUCACAGGGGUCUGCAAGAGGCCUUCAAAGAAACAUCUUACUGAUAUAGCAAGAAGAAUUGUGGCAAAAUAUCCUAAAUCUUUGCAGGAUGUUAUCGAAGGCCACAUAGUUGGCAGUGGAUAUGAUUCCUUGGUAAAACAGCUGCAUAGCAGAGCAGAUAAUGUGACGCGUACACAGUUUUCUACCCCCAAAAGACAGUUUCAACACAGUAGUGGGAGCGACACGGAAGAAGUUCCUGCAAAGGAACGAGCUUUACCUCAAGACACUUACGGUUGCAUAAACUGGGAUCCCGAGCACCUGCCAAUCACAGAGACACUUGCAAGUCAAAAACAGCAACAAGAAGAAAUGAAAACCAUGUUCAGAGAAAGAAACUGGGAUACACAGAUCAUCACCAAAAAAAUGAUGGCAACGUACUACACUCAGAGAAAAGACAUCAUCCGAGGUAUGGAAACUGAAAAAAUAAGGAGGGAGUGGCCAUUUCUGUUUGAAAUGCCAGGAUUACAAGCACACUUCAGGGCACUUACAGGUGUACAAUUAGAAGGGAAAUUUUUUGAGACCGUAAAAAACAAAUCGCACAGAAUUCUGGCCUACAUGGACACUCUCAACAAUGAGAAACAAAGAAAAACUGCAAGAGUUUUGGCACAGAUCGAAGUUGCAAAGAAGGACACAAAGUCUAAAUUACCGGAGAUGCCAGGGUUGGUUUUGGUGCUGCUUGCUUACUUUGGUGAAGACGACAAGCAAAUGUUUUUCCAGGUGGAUGACACUUGCUUACCUUCUGAAGUGCCAACAUCUAAUCUGCCUGCAUCACCUUGCAUUAUUUUCUGUGGAGAUUCCCUUCUGACUGCAUCCCGCUUAAUGCUGAGCAUUGAUAAAGUUGUCGUUACAGAACAACAAACUAACUUUGUGGAAGCUUUGCUUAUGAUGUUUGCAUCCUACUACUGCUUGAACAUCCAUUACCCAUCAGAGUUGGGAGCAACACUUGAAUUCCUUCAAAGAUGCAUCUUCAAAAUAAAUCCAGACAAAGGGACGAAGGUCGAACGGAAGCCACAUAAGAGGCAAUAUGCUGUGAAUCCAAGAGUUCUUUCCCUCAUUUCUGCAAUUGCUGAUUUUGAAUGGAGAGAAUAAAAUGCAAUUAUGUCAAAAGUUUUCAGUCACCAGCAUGUCAACUGCAGCACAAAGCAGCUUCUCCACAUUUGACUCCUAGGCCGGGACCUGAUCAAAACUUUGACGACCCGCCAAUCACACUUUACAAAACGGAAUGUUAUCGCUUUUUGGUUUUAUGAGUAGGAGAAAUUGGAUAUUUACAAAAACAACAAAAAGCGAUAACAUUCUGUUUUGUAAAGUGCGAUUGGCGGGUCGUCACAGGUUUUGUUUUUUUUUUGAGCAGGUCCCAGGCCCUAGCCUGCUCAAUCAAAAAACAGCAGUUUGAACACUAUUUAAAAACAAAAACAUCUGUUGUGCUACUGACUCCACUAUUACGGCUGUGAAAGAACCAUGGACUUGUUUGUGAGAACUGUCCGAGUCCAACAAGGCCUGGAUCAACAUUAUUGCGGAAAACACUUGGUAUCUGUUAAUAGUUGAUUUGUCUGUAGAAAUAUGCUAAGAGAAAGUGAGGGCACAGUUCGGUAGCCAGUUUUAGUAUAUUUAAUAUGGUUUUAUUGUUUUACUGUGUACUAGGCUUACCAUUGUUGGUAUCCUAGCAGCUGGUAUGUUAACAUUUAAAAUAAUAACUCAGCUUGAGGAGUGAUUGAGCAUUUUUUGUUAAUUCCUGCAUUUUCGAAAAGGUUGUAUAGGGGCUCCAUGACACAGAAGCUAUCAUGCCUAAUGAAUAUGUAUAUUUUGUAUUUGCUCAGUAAAAUGCUCAAUGAAAAGUUGUAAUAAAAUUCUGAAAGCUUAA